GUCUCACUGGGACGGUUAGUUUAGUUUGCUCGUCGCGCUGGGCCGCCGGCUUCCGCCGUUCCGCGGCGGAGGGAAGCCAUGGGCGCCGCCGUCGCAGGGUGGACCGUGGCGGCGGUGCUGCUUCAGGUCGCCGGCCUCUCCCUCUUCCUCUACGGGUUCUUCCCCGUGAAGCCCACGCUGCGUGGCUUCAGUGGAGAGGAGAGCUACCAGGUGCCGUCGUGCGGUUCCGUUAGUGCUGGGCAGCAGGAGCCGGCGCUUCCCCCGGAUCAGCUCAGAUCUCUGUACAGGGAACUCUCUGGGAUCCCUCCUGUGUACGAUCGCUUAGUGUUGAUGGUAAUAGAUGGACUACCUGCUGAAUUUGUACUUGGGAGAGGCAGGAAACCUCCAAGCAAAGAAAUGAUGGAGUCUAUGCCAUACACUCAGUCUUUGUUAGCUGGUUGCAAAGCAGCAGCUUACCAUGCCAAGGCUGCACCUCCCACUGUCACAAUGCCCCGACUAAAAGCUAUGGUAUCUGGGGCAAUUGGCGGUUUUCUAGACGUAGCAUUUAAUUUCAAUACUCAAGCCUUCUUAGAGGACAAUCUUCUUGAUCAGCUUCAUAUGAUUGGUUUGAAGUUAGUGAUGCUGGGAGAUGAGACAUGGAUCAAAUUGUUCCCAACACUAUUCACUAGACAAGAUGGAGUGAGCAGUUUUUAUGUGAAAGAUACAGUUGAGGUUGAUUUCAACGUUUCACGCCACUUAGAAUUUGAGCUUGCUGCAAAAGACUGGAGUGUCUUGGUUCUUCACUAUCUAGGCUUAGACCAUGUUGGACAUAUAGGUGGCCGCCGGAGUGUUUUGAUGACCCAAAAGAUGAAGGAGAUGGAUGAUGUCAUUAGACGGGUGCAUGCUGCGAGCCUUCUGGAUAAUAUGAACAGAACACUUUUCGUUGUGGUUAGCGAUCAUGGCAUGACUGAAGGGGGUAAUCAUGGAGGAUCUUCAUAUGAAGAAACUGAUUCACUUGCCCUUUUUAUAGGACACAGUGUUGAGAGCCCAUAUUGUUCACCCUAUGACCAGAAUGAAGCACUUCAAGUGGAUCUUGCCCCGACUCUUGCUCUUCUACUUGGUGUACCAAUUCCGAAGAAUAAUUUUGGUGUUGUGCUUCCAGAGCCUUUAAACUCGUUGACAGAUGACCAGAAACUAAGGAUGUUAGAGCUUAACUCAUGGCAAAUCUUAAGAUUGCUGCAAGCACAAGUACCUGCCUUCUGCCUUGAAGAAUGUAUUAAUUCGGAGGGCAGCAUUGUACUUGACAUCCUUCAUGAAUCUAUUGAGAAAAAAUUGUGCCAUUUACUUUCUAAAGCCUUUUCUUCUCAUCAAUCCUCACGUCUUCAUCGAGGUUCUGAUUUCAAGUCUGUUCAAGCUGGGUACUAUGGAACUGCUGCAGAUAACUACUAUGGCUUCUUAAGAUAUGCGAGUGAGUGGUUGUCUCACAGAGCAACCGAUAAACCAUUAUAUUUACUGGUCUCUGCAAUCCUGCUGAUGACGGUGUCAUGCCUUUUCCUCAUGAGCACUGUGUCUUGCCUACUUAAGGGACGGUCUCUGAGUCAAGUUGAUCAACAUUCAGAGUCAUAUUUGGAUCAACGCUGCCACCUUGAUGAGGUUCUUGUUCUUGCUGGGAUGUUUCUCUAUGUCAUCAGUCUUGGUUCAAGUUCUUUUGUGGAAGAAGAGCAGUAUACAUGGCACUUUCUCACUUCUACUCUGUAUUUAAUAUUUCUGACCAAGGCAAUCCAUUCAAUGCUAAAAGGAUCAAAUCCAACACUUGGUCAUAAAGCAGAAGAGAGCUUUGACAAAAGUAACUUUUCCUAUGCUACAAGCUUUGAAUUAACCCCGGGCAAGAGAAAUGUUUACAAGUUAUGUACUAUCCUUAUUGUUCUUGUUGCUGGGAGAGUUAUAAGAGCUUGGCAUCAAGGUGGGAUCAACUGGGUUCACUUUCCUGAUAUUUCAAAGUUACUGGCGCAAGCUGACUCUUCUGUUGUGAAGUCUCUGCAGAUUAUCUCAUUUCUUGCAGUUGUGGUAUUGUUUUCAGUUUCACUCACUUUACUCAGAGCAAGAUCAAAGUUUGUUAUAGGAGUAUGGUUGACCCACAUUUUUUGUGGAUUUUUGGUUCUGCUGCAUAUCUGCGCAAAUCAAAUCAGUACUUCAUUACCAAUUAACCAUAGCACAGCAUCAAUAGCUCGACAGUUUUAUGUGAUUGCUAGUGUUUCAAUAUCUGCCACUGUUCUUGCUUCACCUUGGGUAUUUCCAAUAUUUUCCACGGAAGCAGAAUCAGCAUCCUCUGGUUCUAGUCCUGUAAAGGCUAUACAUGGCAUCAGAAAUUCACUUUUUCUCACUGGAAUAACAUAUACAGCGUUCUGGGGCCUUCUGCAGUUGCUUCUUCAACAACCAAUCAAUGCAAUUCCUCUUUUCCUCAUUUUCUUGCAAACAGUCUCGAGUGUAGUUCAUUUUUCUCUGGAUAAAACAUUACAUAAACAAUGGGUACAGGUUGUGGCAAUGCAGUUCUUGGGAAUGGCUGGUCACUUUGGUCUUGGGAAUACAAAUAGCCUUGCCAGCAUUGAUGUUGCUGGAGCAUUCAUUGGCAUUUCAAGUUACUCCACAGUUCUUUCUGGUAUACUGAUGUUUAUGAUAACAUAUGCAUCACCUCUGAUGUUAUACCUUGGGUUGGUCCUUCAUGUAUCGGUGAAAGAUAUUGAUGAUAUCUCUACUCUACGGCACUUGAAAUGGAGCUAUAUUCUAGACAAAAUGGUCACAUUGCCAUGUUUGUUUCCUUUGCUCAUUAAUUCUCUUGCGUUGACUUCAUACACCAUUGUUUUGCUACUCAUGAGGAAUCACUUAUUUGUUUGGAGCGUAUUUUCACCAAAGUACCUCUAUGUCUGCGCAGCAACAGUGUGCACGUAUGUCGGAGUAUUCGUCAUAGCUAUGACUGCAGUCUACAAUUGCGCUGUUUUUAAGUUCAGGGCGCGAAGCUACAGGGAUAAAUCCCAGUGAUCAGACUAAUGAUUAGUUGUUCUGAUUUACAAGUAGACAUUUGUAAGAACUCAGAAAGGGGAGUAUCUUGGCCUAUUCUCUCAUCGUACAACAUUGAACUCCCAUGUUUCCAGACCAUGCAGUCCCUGCAAGGGCCUAUACAACAUUUCUCGUUCUCUUUACUAAUUGUAUUCUUCUUCUGCGAGUACAUUGUAGCCUGAGUUGCACUGUUUCGAUUGCGAGAUCCAUGUUGAGCCAUUUUCAUAUAUGAAUCUGAGCAUUAAACUUUAAA